GCUUCGAUUUGAGACGCACCCAGAAGAUGCCGGCGCAUGCGCAGUAGAGUUGCUUUCCCCCAGGCCAGAGCCUGUGCGCGUCUGUGUGUCUGAUAAUCCAGCGGGAUUUUAGUGACUGUUGCGCACAAGAAACACAUGAUCCGAUUAAGAUCAGACUCUCCCUCACCUGCAAGGCCACUCAGAUAAACCCCCGGCGCGGAAAAGACGCUCAUUUCACGAAUCCCGGUGUAAUUUGGGCUGUUUGUGUUGUUCUGCUGUGUGAAGAUGAGGCUGCCGGACUGCAGAAAGCGAUGCGGGAUGGAUGGAGAGGAUGGAGAAAAGGAGCUGGCUCUCCCUUUCAAAAACCCUUUUGUACACGAGUUGAGGUUUACACCGCUUCAGAAACUCAAGCUGGGCGUGAUGACGUUGACCCUGUUCCCAGUGCGCCUCUUCUUCGCUGCGUUCAUGAUGCUGUUGGCGUGGCCCUUCGCCUUCAUCGCCACCGUAGGACGCAAUGAGACCAGCGUAGAGCAUCAGUGCUUCUGGAGGAGGUUGGUGGAUGUUGUCCUGCGCCUCAUCAUGCGGGCCAUGUGGUUCGCAGGCGGCUUCCACUGGAUCAGGGUCAAAGGUCGCCGUGCACUGCCCGCCCAGGCGCCCAUCCUCACCCUCGCCCCACACUCGUCCUAUUUCGACGCCAUGCCUGUUACCAUGACGAUGGCCUCCAUAGUCAUGAAGGCUGAGAGCAAGGACAUACCGCUGUGGGGGACUCUGAUUAAAUACAUCCGGCCAGUGUUCGUGUCGAGGUCGGAUCAGGACUCGCGCCGCAAAACCGUAGAGGAGAUCAAACGCAGGGCUCAGUCCGGAGGGGUGUGGCCUCAGAUAAUGAUCUUUCCUGAGGGGACAUGCACCAACAGGUCCUGUCUGAUCACAUUUAAACCAGGUGCUUUUAUUCCAGCAGUGCCUGUACAGCCGGUUGUUAUUCGCUACCCCAAUCCACUGGACACAAUCACUUGGACUUGGCAAGGUCCCGGAGCGUUUACGAUCCUGUGGCUCACCCUGUGCCAGCUCCAUAAUGAUUUUGAGAUUGAGUUCCUCCCGAUCUACACCCCCAGCGAGGAGGAGACGAGGAACCCACAGCUGUUUGCUCAGAAUGUGCGCCGCAUCAUGGCCAAGGCGCUGCAGGUCCCCGUGACUGAUUACUCAUUUGAGGAUUGUCAGUUGGCCAUGGCGGAGGGACAGCUCAGACUGCCAGUGGACACAAGUCUGCUCGAGUUUGCCCGACUCGUCCGGAGACUGGGGCUGAAGCGGGAGAACGGUGAGAUUGAGGAUUAUAGUCGGAGGGCGAGGGAGCUGCAGGGAAUAAAGCAGAACGCAGAGCAGUUCGCUCACUUCCUGGCUCAGCCGCUGUCCGAUGUGCUGCAGGACAUGUUCGCCCUGUUCGACGAGCAUGAUGAGGGUUUGAUGGAUGUGCGCGAGUUUGUCAUUGCCUUCUCCGUAGUGUGCAGGCCCGCCAAAACGCUGGAGACUAUCAAGCUUGCCUUCACGAUGUUCCAGACGGAGCAGGAGGGAGGAGUAACGGAGGAAGAGCUGGAGUGUAUCCUGCACACCGCUCUGGGUGUGACGGAGCUCCGGGUGUCGCGACUCUUCCGCGCCAUCGACGUGGCAAACAGAGGAAAAGUGACGUUCGAGAUGUUCAGGAGUUUUGCCGAGCAGCAGCCUGAUUUCGCUGAGGAGUUUCUGUACGCCGAGAACACGGGCUUCUUCAGCAACUUCCUGUCCUCUGGCGUCGUCUCGAACGGCUUCUGCCCCGACUUCUCCCCCAGCGAGCGCCAGAAGAAGGUCAACUGAAGAAUGUCGGGUCCUGGACAGAAAGACGAAAAAGAGCCAAAACCACCCUGCUGGAGAGCAGGAUUAUGAGAUUGCCUUCGUGGAAAUGUCCCAGCAUGAGGAUCGCUAUAUCUGCCUUAUUACUUUUCUCCCUUUUUUCACGAUAACGAUAUUGUGCAGGUGUGAAUAUCGCAAUAUAUCGUAUAAAUAAUUAUUGAUAAACACUUUUGUGAAAUUUGGAAGUUUAUUUCUACUGCCAUGGAGAUGUGAGAUCUGAUUGUACCACUGAUGGAAGUUGUGUUUUAUUCCUUAAUAAUGCAGACAAUGAUUUAUUAUUAUUAUUAUUAUUAUUAUUAUUAUUAUUAUUCCUACUACUAUACGAUUGUGGUUAUUUUUAGUCAAAUCAGGUACCACAAGCAUCGGUUUCUUUUUUUCCCCAGUAAUAAAGUGAAUGUAUAGACAAUCCGUCACUCCAGUUCGUCCUCGACGUGUUUUUUUUUUUCUCUUCCAAACGUAUGACAGGACGGAAACUUAGCUUGCGGAAAACUGACGCUCGUCAUUGACCCUCGUCAUUCUUUUGUGCACUUUAGACUUUUUAACUUUGUUUCUUUUUGUUCUCUUCAUUCCUCUGACUGGAAAGAAGUGUGUGAUAGUGUGUGUUGAAGGUUGCCAGUGUGAAGACCGUGGUAAUCCCCCACUCCCCUUACAAGAGGAUGUUAUGAUUUUGAGUUAGCUACAUCCCGUAUCGUAUUUUUACCGUAUUUUAUUUAAUACUCCAUUUUAUAGAGUGAUGGAAGCUAACAGUAGGUUCAUCUCUUGGCGGAAUUACUGUAAUUAUGAAUUUCUGACUUGGGCAAAGAUAUGACUGCUUUUAACAAGUCGGAAAUUUGUUUUUGCAUUUUUGUCAAUCUCUUAUUUUUCUGAAAGAUUCAUGACAUCACUUUACAAUCAAUCAAACCAAAAAGCCGGAAGUAACAUGGAAGUGUGUAACGUAUAAAACGUGACAUUUAACUUGUAUUAAAACAUGCGUAAAUAAAAUAGUGAGUUUAGCUUACUAUAUAAGUUAGUUAAACAUAUUGUGGGGUUGUACUUUUCUAUGGUAACGUACAACCCCACAACAUCUUUCUGAAUCGAGUCUGCAAGACGGUCUUAUAAUAACCAUAAUUCCGGUGCAACGUGAAAUAUGUAGCUGCUUCUAUGGCGUUCAUUUUUAUGUUAAUGUUUAAUAGUCAGUUAUUUUUAAUUGCUGCCAUUUUUUCCACAUUUACCAAAAGAUGAUUGAAUAAAUCAACAAAAUUACUAAGAAAUAGAAAUAAAACAUUGUAGAUUUGUCUGUGGUGCUGUUGGCUAGCUAUCUGCAUUUAGCCGACUGCAUAAGCCAGCCAGUUUAUUUGAUUGCACGAUGAUAAAAAAAUAGCGAGUUUAAAAUGUGGUAUAAUGUUUUGGGAAUCGCCACCGUCCUCACACGGCUACCUGUAAAGCAUAGAAUGAGAUUUUGUACAGUUUUCUGAACAUAUUUGUGGAAUGUUUUACAAAUAUUACAAAAUCGUCUUCACUGCCAAUUUUGUCAUGUGACAGAUGAACAGAUUAUCGCUGUAGAAACCGAUCAAAGUCCAUGAGAUGAUCAGGGCCCGGAGCCCUGAGGGACACGCACUGCCUGUUUUUUUUUUUACUCUUGUGAACUCCAGACUGAGAGUUCCGAGUGGCUUCCGUCCAAUCAUUUCUGUAGUUUCCUGAGAGCUGAAGACGAGGGACAGACCCUGUCUCUCUGAUGGCUCCGACUUACUUUUUUUUUUUUUUUUUAAAAAGUGAAAUGUUUCCACGUGUCUUGUUUUGACUGCCAUGUAAUGACUUAUCAUUCCAACCCUUAAAUAAAAAAAAGUUCACAACAAAGGUUGUCUGGCUUCUUGUUUAUGAAGGAAAGCAUGUGUGAUGCUGGUUUAAAAAAAAAAAAGAAUUAACUGUCAUUAUACACUUGAUUGGGAACAAGCAGAUAAGAACCCCUUGUACUCACUUCUUCGUGGUGUGGAUUCCACAAGGUGUUAGGAGAGAUUCUGGUCCAUGUUGACAUGACUGCAAUGCAACAUUGCUGCAUGAAACCAUUUUGAGAAGACUUUGUGACCAGGCACAUUAUCAUCCUAGAAGUAGACGUUAGAAGAUGGGUAAAUUUUGGCCAUGCAGGGAUGAAUGUGUUCAGCAACGAUACUCAGAUAAACUGUGGGAUUCAAACGAUCAUCGAUUGGUAUUAAGGGUUUGUGAAGACAACAUUCCCACACAAUUCCCCACACUAUCUCCACCAGCCUGAAUUAUUGACACCAAAAUCUGACGCUGUCAUCUGCAUGUAGCAGUACAAAUCGUGACUGGAACCUGAUGAGGGCUUGGGUUGUAAGCCAUCUGCCUAAGCAUUUGGUGUGUUGUGCAUUCUGAGAUGCUCUUCUGUGCACCAUGGGUGUAAAGAGUGGUUAUUUGAAUUACUGUAUAAUUCCUGACAGCUUGAACUACACUGGCCAUUCUCAACAACAAGGUGCCCACAGAACUGCCACUCAUCAUUCUUGUCUGGCACCAACAACCAUGCCAUGGUCAAAGUCACCAAGAUCAUGGAAUUUUUUUUUUUUUUUUUUUCCCUGAUGUUUGAUGUGAGCAUUAUCUGAUGCUCUUGACCUGCAUGAUUUAAUGCAUUUUUCUGCUCCUGUCACGUGA